AUGCACGAAGCCAAGUUAGCUUACGAGGAUGCUAAAGAGCACCUUAAAAAGACACAGGAUGAUACUAAAGACCUUGAGGCUUGCUUCGCGGAGAUUUUGAAAGCCACAGGUGUUAGGGCUACAGAUACCAUAGAGCAGCAGCCGACACCCACGACAGAUGCCGUCGAAAGUUCCAAGCUCGACGAGCGGCUUGGCGCCAUCGCCCGCGAACAGGAGGCGAGGAUCAAGAAACUAGAGAGUGACCUCCAAACGAGAUUCAACCAGUCUAUCACAGACUCGGCGAAACGUAUUCAAGAGGACUUCGACAAAUCACUCAAGGCCAGGACAGAAGAGAUCAAAGGUCAGUAUACAGCGAUGCUCGAGGAGCGCGAUAAGCGAACACGCGAGCACUACGACAGAUCCCUUGAGUCAAGGACAGAAGAGAUACAAAGUCAGUGCACAGCAAAGAUCGAGGAGAACGACAAAAGAAUACGCGAGCACUACGACGAAACGCUCAAGACGUAUAUGUCCAAUAUGGCUGCUCUGCGGGAGCAAGUCAACAAGUGGCAAGAGAUAGACCUCGACAACACAAAAAAGCAAGCAUCAAUUAUGAAAUUGCAUGAAGCGCUCGCGGCGAAAGUACAAGGCGCUGCCAACGAGCUCAAGCGACUUUCCGAUCACGUUCGCAAGCUAGACGAGCGACUCAGUCUCCCUCCCAAACCAGACACGACUGACCGCGCAAUUUCAGAGCUUAAAACCAAGCUCCAAAAUCUAGAAGACAAGCUCAGCGCGUCGGCCCAAACUGGCGAGACAGAAAAGGAGAUUGGCAGUCUGAAGAACAGAAUCGACGUCUUGGAACAAUCCUCGGCUCCGCAGAGAACGGCACUCACCCUCGCAUCUCGACCCAACAGCCCAGGUCUAGACCCUGAUCUAGACAAGAUACAAUACGCAGUUGAUCAGAUCAAGAUGGAUCUACACACCCUAAAGAAAAAUGUGGUGGAGAUAUUCCAGUCCCAGAGCCUUAUACCGGCCCACCUCAAGGACUGGGCAAGGAUGGCGACUCCAACAAGGCAACAUACCCCGUUGCCCCAGGUGCAAGCUGCCUCGGAUGGAGCAUUAGCCACCGCAGCGCACGUGGAGACAACUCGUAGGCAUCUUGAGGAGCUUUACAAGGACAAGGAGUCCUUUGUCGACUCUGUCGUGGCAUGUAUUGGGCCUCGCGUCGGGGCUGAAAUAGCUGAGAUUCAACGAGAGUUAAUCAGCAAAGGUGACUCAAUCACUUCUUGCCAAGGCGACAUCAACGCCUGUAAGGAACGAAUAGCCAAUGUCGCCAACGACCUCAACAUACACCGCUCGCUGCACGGUACAUUCUUUAAGUACUGCAAGGACGUGCACGAGGAUCUCGACAUGCGAUGCCGCAAUCUCGAUCAUUGGCAGCAGAACUUCGAGACGACGGACCUAGUCAAACAGAUGACCGAAUAUAUCAAAGCCCUUAUGCCGGGCGAGAUGAACCAGAUGCGCCACAAGGUCGCGGCGAUCGAAACGGAGCUUCGUCGAAUACAGGAUCACGCGUCCAAGAAACGCAAGGUCGCGCUCCCCAACGGCGGAACACAGGCUGUUCCAAUGGCGCCUGUCCAUCCUUCCUAG